UUACCAGUAAACUUUUGUGUUGUAGCCUGUGAUUCACGGAACACAGCGGUGAGAUGCUGAAAAAGAUAUUCUGCAGCCUUGUGCUUUUAUGUCUCUUAUCUUUCUCAGUAUAUUUCUGGUAUCAGUUGAGAUACUCAGAUGUUACUGAAUCGAGUAGGAAUGCUUUGCUGUCCAGUUUGAAGGAUUCCCAAAGUGAAGAUGGAUUAAUAAAAUCAGGAGUCGAUUAUAGAGGUAUCCGCUUGGAGUUAGAUUUAGGGAAAGAAAAUCUAAUGAAAAAAAAUGAAACUACAGAGACCAAAACCCAAGAAUUAAAGAAAUGCCCAGAUCCCUCUCCACUUCUAGUUGGGCCUCUCAGGGUUGAGUUCUCUACGCCUGUCAGCUUGGAUACAGUGAGCAAGGAGAACCCAGGCCUGCAGGAAGGAGGUCGCUACAAAACACACGACUGUGUCGCCCUCCAAAAGGUUGCUCUCAUCAUCCCCUUCCGCCUUCGUGACGAGCACCUCAAGUUCUGGCUCUACUACCUCCAUCCCAUCCUUCAGCGCCAACAGCUGGACUAUGGCGUCUAUGUUAUCAAUCAGGAUGGAGACAACACGUUCAACAGGGCCAAGCUGAUGAACAUUGGCUAUGCUGAGGCCCUGAAAGAGUAUGACUACGACUGCUUUGUGUUCAGUGACGUGGACAUCAUCCCCAUGGAUGACCGCAACAUCUACAAAUGCUUCAGCCAGCCCAGACACCUGUCUGUCUCCAUGGACAAGUUUGGCUUCAAGUUGCCCUAUAAUCAGUACUUUGGCGGUGUCUCAUCGUUGAGUAAAGAGCAGAUCAUGAAAAUCAACGGCUUUCCCAACAACUACUGGGGCUGGGGUGGUGAAGAUGACGACAUUUUCAACAGGGUGAAUAACAGAAAAAUGUCUCUCUCUCGUCCGGACGGCGUAGUCGGAAAAUGCCGGAUGAUCCGUCACGAGAGAGACAAAAAUAACAACGACAAUCCUCAGAGGUUCAAGAGAAUAGCUCACACGUUAAAGACGAUGGAUACCGAUGGCCUCAACUCUCUCGAGUACGAAGUUGUUGCAGUUGAAAAGCAUGACCUGUUCACAAAGAUUACAGUAGACGUGGGGAUGCCACCCGAAGAUUAAAGAAGACAUGGACAAAGGAUGAAUGAGGAAGAGCUGGACAAGCAGGGCCCUGCGUGCCCGUUUGUAAAUCCAGCUCUGUGAAGAAGGCAGGAACCAUCUGGAAUGAGGUCAAGAAAACUGCCCAGAACAGUACGAGAGAUGCUUGGUAAGAGGGCAGCGCACAAUCUAUUUGUUGCAUUAACCAAUAACCUAUUGCAGAGGCUGCAGCGGUUAUGAUGCAAACAUGACUGAGCAUUAAUCUUUGAGGAGGUGUCAUGAUAUCCACCUACUAAUUGGUACUUUUGUCCCUCGAGCGCCCAAUUGGCUGAGCAUUGUGUUGUGCUGCCUUCAACUGCUUUCGCUGUAACUCGGUAAAACAAGGUCACAACUCUGAAAUAACCCCCCCUCCAAGUUCCAAUUACAAGUGAGAAAGUCUGAGAUGAUUUUGAUACCCAAGUUGCGACGUUUCAUCUCUGACCUUUCACCUUUUCAAGGAGCAAACUUUAGGUUUACAAAUACUGUAUUUUUGCCCUACACUAGUGUAUUCUGUGUGUAAAUCUGAACUUUAAUUUAGUAUUUUGUAGAUAUUGGGCUAUUAUAGUCUGGCUACUGUGUGAGCCAUGGGAAACUCCAACACAAUGUUCAACUGUUCAAAAUCAAAUGACAGAGACCUCUUCUUUAUUUGCCAAUUGCUUUAUUAUCUGGUCAUGAUGAUGUCAUUUGUUUGGUGAUGUCAAAUCCCACUAGCAGCUCUCCUCCUUCAUGACGAAGAUGUCCGUUCUGGUUUCCCUGUAGAGAAAGGAAUGUUUAUGCCAUGAUUUAUUUAUUAUGUCGUUGGGUAUGAAUUAUGUUCAAUAUGGUUGUAUUACACAUUCAAAUGGAAUUCAAUGAAACCUGCUCUCAUGGAGUCUUAAUUUGAUCACUCUUUUGUUGCUGAGAAUUUUCUUGCACAGCAGGAAAUGCAAACGUGUAGUGUAUUUGAGUUUUUAAAAAGGCUUCUAAAGUUUGUUAUUUCAAUUUAGAAAUUGCAGACUUGAUUUGCCCUAACGAAAAAUGUACUAACCCAUACAAAAAUAUCCAUUCAUUAUAAUCCACAUUUCCUGUUUGCUGCAGGAUUUUUUUUUCCUGCUGUAGCAAACUGGCUCAAAUUAAGAUCCUACAUCCAUAGUAUCUGUGUGUCAUUAUCUAGGUUUCCAUCCAAUUGGAGACAGAUUAUAAAUAUUCUAAAGUCCACAAAAAGAAAACAAGCACAUUUUCCCACCAGUGGUGUGUUUCCACCAAACGGACCCUUUUCAGAUCAAAUUCAGCGCUUGAUGACGUAGCGCACACAAAAUGUACUUUUUCGCUUAAGUUUUCAUGUACCGAAUAAAGAUCUAAAGUUCAAUGUGUUUCCAUUGCAUUUUCAACUCUACCGAUAGUUUUGUCACAAAAACUAUUGCGUUAAAUAGCUAAUGUACCUACUCUGGUCGUGGUACUUGCGCUCUAGACAACAGCUCGCAGCUAGCCUACAUAAGGAGAAUUUAUUUGUCAAACGGCAGUCAAGCAUUGAUCAUCAUGUCACCAAAAUAAGACCCUCGAUAUGUAUUGGAAAGGAGCAUCAAGGUCAUCUUGUACUUUCACCACCCUGUGAUGUUCAUCAUCAUUUAUUAAAUCUGAAGCCUAAUAAUCGGCAUGCUUUCCAGAGUUGUAGUGGGAGGUCCACACACCAUAUCAUCGCGUGACUUCAAGUUUACUUUGAUAUUAUGGUUAUUAUAUCAAUAUGUGUGCUUAAUGGCGUUUCCACCACCAUGUCUCGCAUAAUUCAUUAUACCGACACAAAAAGAGCCCACCAUGUCCAACAAAUUAGGCCUAUCUGUUGGCAUUUAUAAAAUGUUACCUAAACUACCUGUUUCCAUCACAGCUGUCAUGUUUUUUUUUUAAAUAAGGUAUGACUUUACUCACAAAACUGUGGAUGGAAACGUGGUUCCAGAAGCACUUUAAUGGGCACAACAUUACAUUGUAGGAGCCUACAGAAUGUGGAUUUUCCUGAAAUACUGGUUUGAUUGAACUCAGUCCCUUGUACUUCAGCGUUAACCUGGAGGUGUUGAGUGUUGUUUCUGUAAACUGACUCUCACAGCUUUAUAGUGAUAUGGUGGGACAGGGCUGUGAGAAAGGAGCAGCUGUGUACCAGAGACAUCAUUCCAAUACUUUUUGUGUGUUUCAACUUGUCUGGAAUGCCUGAUGGGCAGGGUUAGCCGUUUUGGAACUAGUCUAUUGGUUCCAUUGUGCCAGGCAAGCUCAAUCAAGCCCCGUUUUAAGUAUCUGAAAUGAUUUCAAAUAAUACUUUAACCCAGGUCGGCACAGUACUCACUGUCUCUGGACACAGAGUGCACACUCGUUGGGGUAGGUGUUGCCAUCGGAGCCACACACAGGAGCCAAGUUCAUAGGGCAAGCCAGAAUCUCCACCGUAUCAACACAAGAUGGCUGCAAAACAAUAUGACAUUACUGUUAAGACCAAGAGCAUGGGCAGUCAGGAGAGUGUAAUGUUUCGUAAUGCGAAGUUAGAAAUGCAUUGUGUAGAACAAGUAUGAACGAUAUGAUUGCAUGUCGUGUGGAAUAGGGGUCGAUUGUGUCAGGCUCUAUUGAUUACAUUUCUAUCUGCUGACACUUUCUGAAUGUUUCAUGACACUGAAUUCACAGACUAGGGUGAAAUUGUCCCUAGAUGCUGAUCUUGGGUUUUGCGUUUUCCCCGCUAAUGGUUAAGGUUAUGAUUGGGGGAGGGGAAGCUGAUCCUUAAUCUGUACCUAGGGGGAAUUUUACCCCCAGCUGAAUUCACACCAGGUUUGGUUUACAAAGCAGCAUUUACAUUAAACAUGCCAAAAUCAGCCUUACCUUUCUGUAAAGUCCAGAGUUUUCUUCUUCUGCGCCUGAAGAAAACAAAUAGUAUGUUACAAUGUUUUUCAAAUCACCUCAAGAAUGUUAUUACAAUGUCAGACUAUGGAGGUUAAGGUAACAUCGUACACAUUUAACCAUCAUCUCAUGUACUGUACAUUAAAACUGGUAUAUCAUCUGAUCACUUAGCCUUAAUAGUUUCAACAUAGUUUCAUAGUCCCUCGACUCCAGCAGGUGGCAGAAUCAAGCUUUCCCCAUAGUUACUGAACUACUCCACUGUUCAAUCAAUGCUUUCUUUCUUUAUUCAAUUAAAUUCAAUAAACUUUAUUAAACCCCAAGAUAUCACACAGAAAACAGUUGUACUUGACCUGCAAUGG